CUUGAUAGACCACAAUCAUGGCAGACCGAACACUGUGCGUUAUUGUUCUUCUUACGAGCAUGCAGACUACAUAUAUUGAAGGAACCUUACGUCUUAUUGGAGGAGAUGAUCAGUAUGAAGGGAGACUUGAAAUAUAUUACAAUGGGGAAUGGGAAUCGAUUUGUAAUGACUACUGGUCAACAGACAAUUCCAGGGUCGCCUGCAAGCAGCUGGGAUUAAAAGGCGGGUAUCACAGAGAUACCGAGCAGUCAGAACAUGGUGACGGCACAUUUUGGUUCAAGCGAGUAGAAUGCCUGGGGAGCGAAACUCUUCUUGACAAUUGUGUCUCUACAAAUGACACAUCUGGGGAAUGCAAACACUCGCAUCGGGACUAUAUAUACCUGACAUGCGAACCACCUAUAGAUGGUGUUUUAAGGUUACAGGGUGGACGUAUUCAGAGUGAGGGCAGACUGGAAAUAUAUCACGACGAGAAAUGGGGAACAGUAUGUGACGACAAGUGGAGUGAUCAUCCUCAGAAUGCUCAGGUAGCAUGUCGCCAGCUAGGGUAUAAGAGCGGUACCCAUCGGAAGGUUUACUCCAACGAACUUGCUAGCAGUAUUAAGACUUGGAUGGACAAUGUUGAAUGUCUUGGUAACGAAACUCGUAUUCAGGAAUGUCCCUUUAAUGGAUGGGGUGAUGAGAACUGUUUCCACGAAGAAGAUAUUUAUUUAAAAUGCGACGAACAUAAGGGUAACCUUACUCGGCUGGUAGGCGGUGUUGACGAGUAUGAAGGCCGGCUAGAGGUUUAUCAUGCCGGUCAAUGGGGUUCUGUCUGUAUUGAUCAAUGGGACAAAUUCGUAUUAAAUGCCCAUGUAGCAUGUAGACAACUCGGUUACACGGCAGGUUCAUUCAGAUUAGUCACUACCACAGAGCAAGGCAAAGGACCGUUCUGGAUGGACGACAUUGAGUGCAAUGGCGAUGAAGUUAAUUUGUUUGAUUGCAAUUUCAAAGGCUGGGGAAGUACAAAGUGUUCACAUGCUGCAAACAACGAUGUAUUUCUUCAAUGCAUUCCAAACAAAGGUGACAUUAAACUGGCUGAGGGAACUAAUCCUUUUAAUGGACUAGUACAAGUAUUUUUCAAAGGAAACUGGGUAACCGUCUGUGCUGAUGAUUGGUCAAAUGAUAAUUUGGAAGUCACGUGCCGGCAACUUGGAACAGUGGGAAAAAGUAGCGGCAAAGCAAAUUUCGUUGGAUAUUACUUAGCAGGGGAUUUUAAGUGUGAUGGCUCAGAAGAGUACCUAGCUAAAUGUUCCUAUUUCACUGGCCAAUGCUCGUCUGAUGAAAAGGUCUUUGUGAACUGUGAAAUUCCAGUGUCCACUCUUAACGGAAUGUGUGAUAUCAACUUACAAGACACCUGUAAUACAACAUUAACGUGCAAAGAUGUAAAUGGGUUUGGGAGAUGUAUAUGUGAUAGUGAAUCUUUUUGGGAUGUGAAUACGAACAGAUGUGAAGAAAAGAUAAUGUACAAUGACGUGUGUGAUCCAAAUGUUGAUAGCGUAUGCUCAAGCAACCUGACAUGCGAACGAGUAAACGCACCCACAUCAUUUCUGUACAAAUGCAUAUGUUCUGAUGAAAAUGACGUCUGGGACAAUUCUAUAAGAGGGUGCCGUGGAAAGACUGGUUUGCGAGGGAUUUACGUUGCAGACAAGAGGAAUAUCACUGAUGCAAUAUCCGAUUGCACAAAACACCAUGAAGGACAACUGGCGUCAGAUGAACAUCUUAGAAAUGUAUUACAAAAUUGCCUGGAUUUUGCAGACGACAUUUGGGUUAUUGAAAUAUCAUUUUCUCGCGCAGAUAAUCUCUCGGACAGCUGUGCUGAAAUGAACCAAAACGGUGAAUUGAAAACGGGAGGCUGUACAGAGGAACGGGCUUUUGUCUGCAUAUCGCAAAAAAACAACCAGACUGAUUCUUCCUGUGCUGGAUUUCCAACUGUGACCAAAUCGAAAUCUUCUACCUCCAUCUCUGCAGGGCUAAUAGGUGGAAUUAUAGCUGUUUGCAUAAUUCUAUCUGUCUUUGUGAUUCUUGGAAUCGGACUGCUCUGUCGACGAAGAAGAAAAUGUGAGAAAGAGGCAGAUUGCGUGUUGAACUCUGCGUAUGGGCUACAAGACAGCUCAAUAGUAGGUUCAUUGCAAACGGAAGGAGAAACAAAACUUCAAUACUCAGAGAGCUAUGCCAAUGCCUUGGAAAAGGCAGAAAUACAUGUGCGGGAUUCCAAACAUUCAAAUAUAUAUAUAAAUAACAACGCUGGAGAUAUUGUGACAGAAGAGCAAUAUGAAAUAUUUGGAGAUAAUGAUCGGAUGUAUGCUUUAUCGGAUGCUACUCCAGAAUAUGAGAACUACACAAAUGAUACUAAUUCCACGAAAGACGUUUUAGAAGACUAUUCACUGAGUGACUCUAUCAAUAGUCCAAAAUCAACUAAUACUAAUUACCGCCCUUUAUCAAGCACAGACAAUCUACCGGAGGAAGAAUACAACACUUUUGCAAACCAACUCGAUGACUUGCCACCUUCUGAUACUUAUGACCAUGUUCAUGACGUAGCAGAAGAUGGAUAUGACCAAUUUCAGCCGAGAUCAAGUAACAGGUCGAAUUUCACUGAAGACGACGAAACGGGAUACAUGCAGUCAACUUUUCCGGAGUGUAUAUAAUAGGUUUACUCAGUUGCAAUUUUUUUCUUCUAUGUCUGUAUAUCCGAGAUGAGCUGACAUGUAACAUGAAUCAUAAAAAAUACAAAGUGAAUGAUAUAUGUCAUUUAUAGAUACUGAUUUACUGACAAAAUUAACAGUUUGUUAACAUUGAAGUAUCUCUAUAAAACUGAUUUGCUGACAAAGCUGAAAAAAUAACAAUCUUUAUAAAAUACUGCCCUGUCAUGAGAAUAUAUGAAUGCAAUAACAAAUGUUUGAAAUGAUACUAUUUGAAGAAGAAAUGCAAUAACUGUUAAUAUAUCCAGAUAUAAUAUAAUCGUAGAAUGUUCUCCCAAAUUCUUAUGUUAAUUAAUUGAACUUUAAAUUCAAAUCAUCGACGCUCUCGUAGACAGUUCUGCGAUGAUUACCAACGAUUUCUUUACAAAAAAUGUAUCAUAAUAGUGCUAGUCGUUGACAAAUAUCAUUUGAUCAGAAUCAGAUUAAGGCUAGAUUAUGACACUUUUCGUCUUUCACUUUUAAUUGUAUGCUUUUGUUAAAUUGCUGAUGCAUUGUUAGGGGUCUCCCUGGACGUUUCUAUGGCACUUUUGAUACUAUAUAAUUAAGUUCUGAGGAUUUCAAUGUUUAUUUUAAAAAUAUGAUUAUCACAUGCAGGACUGUUGAAAAUACUUUAAAAGGAAUCUUGUUAUCGUUAUUUCUGGAGAAGUAUAGGAAAGAUCUUACUAAGAGAUUUCAUUUCAGAAUAUUUUAUUGAUACAAACAACCAAAAGGAUUAGACAGCAGGCCAAAGCCUAUUUAAGUCUUCUCCCAAGAUAAUACGGUGGUCAGAUAUAACCAUACAUACAUACCUUACAUUACAUACAUACAAUCAUUAAUUUAUGUUGACAGACUUAUCAAUUUUAAAUUAUGGGAGACAACUCGAUUAUUUUAAGGUCUUUUCAGUUUACUAUGUCUUAUAAUAUUAAAUGUGCAUUACAUGUACUUUCUCUAUCAUAUAAAAGGGGUUUGGGCAAGAGUUCGUAACAAAGUUCCACUUAGUCCCUUACUGUGCGCUUUCAAUUUUGAAAUGCACAGAAAAAAUACCAUAAGGCCGACUAUCCAUCUUUAAUUAGACGCUUGCUAUUUAAAAUUGCUUCUUUCUCAACCAUAAUCUGUAAAAAAUAAUUUAGAGGUUUUAGUACGUAUUGAUGUUGGAGGUGUAUUGUAUAAUGAAAGGAAAAUUCGACUCCACUCGACCUCCCUAAUCUCUCUCUAUAAAUACGUACUACACAGAACUUUCGAAAAAAUCCUACUAUUCCUAUUUGAUUGAUGAAUUUAUAUGCGUAGUUCUCAAAAAGUUUUUGAUCUUUACAUUAAAAAAGAGGAGGAAAGAUAAUCGAUUAACCUUGCUUUGAACCAAUAAUAAUGAUAUAGAUUUUAAUAUCGAUAUCUCUCGAAGAUUUCUUGCUUUUGAACUUUCUUGUUAUAUACAAUACAAUUUCACGGUUUUUAUCAAUUCAACUACGUGUCCUAUCGUACUGAUUUCGUAUGAUAAUGUUGCCGUGAUUAGUUCAGUCACUAAUCACAAUUUUUAUGUGUUCAGUGCUGUAUGUUUCACCUCUGUCAUAUUGCUAGCGAUUGACCUUAACCAAUCAUGUAUUUUAGCUGUAAUUUUACCAGUAUUGAUGUGCUGUCUAUGUUUGUAUUUUAUUUUUAUUUUGACAACGCAGAAAAAAUGUAGCUCCAUUAAUGAAUUGAAAUUAUAUUUUUGUAUAAGGUUUACAAGAGAACAAAAAACAUUUCAAGACAAAAACGUGAAAAACCCUCCCAAAGAUGUGUUUAAAGAUUUUUUAAUAUUUUCAGAAUAGUUUGAGGUGUUGUAAACUAAGAACUGGUUUCUUAACAUGUCAACAUUAAACACAUAUAUAAAAACAUUUGGGUUAGAACAUUAACGGACACAUAAAAUGAGAGAGCCGCUCAAUUAGGCGUAUAUAUGAUGCUUAGGUUUAAAUAUACAUGUACAUUUAGACUACCUGUGCGGAUAGAUUAGAGGUUCAGUUGUUUUUUGAGUGUGCAAUUAAGAGGUUAAAAAUCAAAAUAAAUUAAAAAACAUAAAAUUAAAUAAAAAAUGCGCAUAUAAUGAAUUGCGGUUAACGGUGUAUUACGUGUUUUAAUAACGUUUUUUUACCAUUAGCAUUUCAAAUUACAUCGUUUCAUAAAGUACUUUCACACACGUUUUCCUAAGGCAAAUCACACUCUUCACAUGCCUAAUUAACUGGGAAAUGUCCCCUUAUGACCUCGUGCGGGCAAAUGUCAAAUUCAGUUGUAAUCGAUGCUUUAAUACAAAUGAGUUUUGCGUUCUUCGCCGUUCAUCAUAUUCGCAAAACACUUUAACAAAAGUUCCCUCUGUUUAUUAUCAAAAUACUUAAACACAACGUCUCAAGGUUUCAGCUCAAACUUUAAAAUUGAUCCAAAUUUGUUAAAAAGGAGCGCAAAUUUUGAAAUUUAGCUCUGAUUGAUAUCCAAUUGACUUUAAAAGAUAAAAUUGUCGUUUUACGGGGUGUUAUCAACACCAUCAUUUGCCAUCCUUUUCAAUCAUGUACCAGCUAAUUAGAUAUGAUUUCGAUACUUGCAGUGUCGGAGCAAUGGUUUGUAAUAACAAUAAUAACCUUUACUAAGGUAUUAUUUUUUGUUGUCGUUUUCAGUUUUCAUGCCAAUAAAGAAUUAAAUUAAUUGAA